GCGGUGGUGGCACUCGAGUGGAGGAGAGGGCUUGGGUGUUGUGCGCGCGCGCGUGUUGGUGGCUGCUCGCCCGUUACAAUCGGUGGGGGUGGGGAGUUGGGCCGGGCAAGCGGCACUCGGUUUAAGGCUGACGUCAGCACAAAGCGAGAGGGAACGCUCCGAAGGAUCGCCCGGCCCCCUCGCUCAGUCGUGAUCGUGUUGCUGCUGCUGCUGCUGAAGGCACCACCGCCCAACACCAUCAACACCUCCGCAACGCGCCGGCUUCUGAUGUUCUCCAGCAAACCCAGCCGCGCUUCUCGCUACGAAGAAGCAGAAUUCGCCUUCGCCGGAUACAAUCGAUAGGCGGUGUUUUUUUUUGUGUGUGUGUGCGCGUGUUAACACGAUUCAUUCACUUUUCUUUUGUUAGUUUGUCACCGUUGUUAAGUUUUUUUAUUUUAAUUUUUUUUAUUCAACUUUAGGAAGGGGUCCACAUUUGUUACGGGUUUUUUCCGGGGGGGGGGGGGGGGGACGUUGCUCGGCGUUGAUCCGAGUUCUUGCUACUCGCGCGGUCUUUAACGUCUCAUCAUGCGGACUGGUCGUCUGCAACUGCACGCGGGGAGCUGCUCGUCCACGGCGACUCCCCCAGCCCACAGGGUGCCGGGCUCUCCGACACGCGGUGGGCUCCGGUGCCAGGGACCUGGUAGCCUCUUGUUGCUUCUGCUGCUGGUGGUGGUGGUGUUACUCGCCCUGCUGGGACCCACCGCUGCCUUCAACCUGGACGAGUCGCGUCCCAAAGUAUUCACGGGACCUCAGGGCAGCUAUUUUGGAUACUCGUUGGAUUUCUACAGCCCAGAGAGAUACAGCAAUGGCAUUGUGGUGGGAGCCCCCAAAGCGCACACAGAUGCGCAUCCCAACGUGACGCAGCCUGGGGCCGUCUUCAUGUGCCUCUUGCGUGAGGAGAACUGCACGCGCAUUCCCCUGGGACCGCCCGAUGAGCUGUACACGCAGAUUCGCUUGGGAAGCCCUCCGGAGCGAAUGGAGUACAAGUCGCACCAGUGGUUUGGAGCCACUGUCAGGACACAUGGUGAAACUCUGCUGGCUUGUGCGCCCCUGUAUAGCUGGCGCACAUUCAAGAGCGAGGAGGCCGAGCAGGAGCCUGUGGGGACCUGCUUCCUCUCGAGGGGAAACUUCUCCAGCCAAGCCGAGUACUCUCCCUGCCGCACAGGCAAAAGUGACCAAAAUGGACAAGGAGUGUGCCAAGCCGGUUUUAGCGCCGACUUUACCAAGGCUGGAUGGGUAGUGCUUGGAGGCCCAGGGAGCUUCUUUGCUCAAGGCCAGGUCAUGGCUGCCUCCUCCAAGGUUGUGUUUCGCCAGAAAUCCAGGUUCCUGCUGUCCCGAGUGGAGGGCCAGAAGGAGACAGCUGAGACUCCGGCCAACAAUGAUGACGCGUACAUGGGUUAUUCUGUGGCUGUUGGAGAAUUCACAGGAGACUCUGUGCAAGAGUUUGUCACCGGUGUGCCGAAAGGAUCCAGUACGUUUGGAUACGUGCUCAUCCUCAACACAACAGACAUGAGCACUCUCAUGAACGUCACAGGAGAACAGCUGGCUUCCUACUUUGGCUACACGGUGGCAGUCACGGAUGUGAAUAAUGACGGGCUGGACGACCUGCUCGUGGGCGCCCCUCUCUACAUGGAGCGCGGCUCCCAGGGUCGCCUGGAGGAGCUGGGCCGCGUUUAUCUUUACCUGCAGCAGGCGCCGCUCAGCCUGGGUGCCGCACAGACGCUGUCCGGCCGAGACGUUUAUGGCCGCUACGGCAGCGCCAUCACGCCGGUUGGAGACCUCGACCAGGAUGGAUAUAAUGACGUUGCAGUGGGAAUGCCGUUUGGAGGGGAGGAUGGCACCGGUGUGGUGUUUGUUUAUAACGGGCGAGACACGGGCCUGAUGGCUAUACCAUCCCAGACGCUGCGUGGACGCUGGGCAUCACAGGGCCUCCCGGCCAGCUUCGGAUUCGCACUCCGUGGGGGAACUGACCUCGACUCAAACGGCUACCCAGAUUUGAUUGUUGGAGCCUUCGGAGUGGACAAGGCCAUUGUGUAUAGGGCGCGCCCAGUUGUGACGGUCAGCGCGGAGCUCACGGUCUCCCCCAUGGUGCUGCACCCCGAGAACAGGAGCUGCAUGGUGACUGGUUACGCUACCCUGCAGUCCUGCUUUUCAGUGGAAUUUUGCCUGAAGGUUUCUGGAAAGAGAAUACCUGUUACUGUAGGCAUGGAGGUGGAGGUGCUGCUGGACAAGUUGAAGGAGAAAGGCGCCAUCCGUCGAGUGCUCUUCCGGGACUCCAAGUCGCCGCGCUUCAGGACGCGUCUGCAGAUGGGCCGGGGACUUCAGGAGCAGUGCUCAACCCUCACAGCGUAUCUCAGGGAUGAAAGUGAAUUCCGGGACAAGCUGUCUCCCAUCGUGGUGUCUCUGAACUACAGCCUGGAUGGAGAGUACAACUCGAAUCACAGCACUGUGGUGCCAAUUCUUAACCACUACCAGGCAGACCACAUCCAGAAGCAGGCAUACAUUUUGCUGGACUGUGGAGAGGACAACAUCUGCAUGCCAGACCUUCAGCUCGCUGGAUAUCUGGAGCGCACGGAGCUCUUCAUGGGUGACACGAGCCCGCUGACGCUCACGCUCAACUGCUCCAACCACGGCGAGGGCGCCUACGAGGCGGAGCUGCAAGUCGCCGUGCCCCCCGAGGGGGACUACAUCGGCAGCACGCGCAGCAGCGAGGGGCUGGGAACGAGCGAUGGGAAUGUCUUCGCCCCAAUCUGCACCCUGAAGGAGGAGAACAACACUAGAUUGGUUGUUUGUGACCUGGGGAACCCCAUGAAAGCUGGCACGAAUCUUCUGAUUGGGCUCCGGUUUGAUUUCAAAAACAUGGCUUAUGACAGCUCAUCCAUCACCUUCAAUGCCAACAUGAAAAGCACCAACAAAGACAACCCGGAGAGCCAGCCCCUCGCUCUGCGCGCCGAGCUGGCUGUUUUGGCGCAGGUUGACAUUCGGGGUGUGUCCAUACCAGAUGCAACAGCCAUCUAUGCUGCUGAGUGGAAAUUGGCCGCACCCAUGUCUUAUCAGGAGGAGAUCGGACCUUCACUCCAGCAAGUAUUUGAGGUCCACAACAAUGGGCCGAGCUGGGUGAAGGCAGGCUGGUUGGACGUGAAGGUGCCCCACCAGCAUGAUGACGACUUCCUACUCUACCCGCUGCAGGUCACCACCGAAGGGCCCCUCAACUGCACGUUCAGUAUGCCCUUGAACCCGUUGAAUCUACAGCCACGUUUGACUUCAAUGGAGCCGACCGACAAUUCCAGCGCAGUGGCACCAUCGCCAAACCCUCGCCACCUCAUCGUGCGCAGGGAGGCCGGGGAGCGCCCACCUUCGCCACGCGUGCUGGGUUGCAGCAGCAGCAGCAGCAGCAGCCAGUGCCUGCAUGUCACCUGCCAGCUGGGUAUGCUGCCGCGACGUACGAGCGCGGUGCUUAUUCUUCGCUCCCGGCUCUGGGCCCCCAGCUUCCUUAAGGGAGGACAAAAUCAAGUCGUCCUACAAACCAGUGCUGCUUUCCGGGUCACUGAGAUGCCCUACAAACUACUUCCUGAUGAAUUCCCAUCAGGAAGCAGAGUGGUGAACACGACGGUGGUUCUUGUGAAAGCGGGGUUCCAGCGCCCCGUGCCCUACUGGGUGAUUUUCUUGGCUGUGCUGGCCGGUCUGCUGCUCUUGGCCCUGCUUGUCUAUGCCCUGUGGAAGAUGGGAUUUUUCAAGCGGGAGCGCUACAUGCAUGAUGAGAUUCCCGCUGAAAAAGCGUUUCUCAAGCCGCGGCAGAAUGGAGUGGAAGCCUGACCGAAGCAGACCGGGACUAACCUGCACCAGACCUGAUGAGACCGGAUUGAAUUAGAUUCUGAAAGAAGCUAGCCUCGCGUCUGACCACGUUGAACAGCAACGCUGAGCCAAAUGUCAGAUGCCUGGAAUGGCCAGAAACAGACUGCAUGGGAUCAAGCAGCAUGAAACACCAUGGACAAGAUAUGAUGCUCAAAUUAGAAGCGGUCACAACAGAGAAAAUAACAUUAAAUAUCCAAAGACAAUAUUAAACUAUAUUUGAUUAACAUUGGCAGGGGGACCUGGUCCCUAGAGAACAGGCGUUAGGCCACAAGACGGUCUGGUUAAUACACUGUCUACUGAAUGGGAAGAGUUGAUCAAGCCAUGCAGAGUAGUGCAGACCCACGGUGUGAUGGGCUGUGUGAAAUGACAGGAACAGGUUGAACCGGAUUUGCUGUUCUAACUCGGGUCUCGCCAGCAUUUUUUUGGAUCAUGCUUGGAUGGUGGUUCCUUAAAAACCUCUGCUUCUUGCACUGAAUGUUAAGAACUGUUUUUCUUCAGUGUUGCGUGUUGUUAAGGACUUUAAUUUCUGCACCUUCCAUCUGAGGGAAAGCACUGGGCUAUUUGCUCAGUAUCAAUGCCUAACCCCCCGAUGCAAGCCUUGACAUGCACACUUUCAACCUGCCUGAUGCAUAAACGAUGACAAAAAUAUGAAUUCUGGGUUUCUUCCCUCAUCACGAGUCGUGUAAUUAAUGCAGCUGCAUAUGCUAUCAAAACGUCGACUCUGCAACUCUGAGUCUUAUUUUAAGAGGCAUUCGGCUGACUAUGGGUUGGUUUAACUAUGCAUUUCUCUACACCUGGAGUUUGGAGCACCAAUGAUUAAACCGUUUAUGUUGAUUGCUUCACAGAAUAAUAAAUGCCGCGCUUCCACAGGAGUGGCUUCGACACUUUUGCCAAUGUGCCUUCACGUCCGACAUAAGCCACUUAUGCUUCUAUAGGCAUUCUAUUUUAAUCACUGCUACCCUUUCCACAGUCAGCUGCAAAUUCCUAGAAGCCAAAGAAGUGUGCGAGGUGCAGUGUCUGUUGGAAUUGCAUAUGUAGCUAUUUCUGUUUUGUUUUUGGUGCUGAAUUAUGAGUGUCUGGCAUCACAUUUACGAUUGAUCUUCAUUGUUUGAGGACAAAACACAUGUAUAUUUAUCUUAAUUAUAAUAGUAACAACAUGCAUUGUUCACAAAAUUAUUUAUGUUUUUUUAAUAAGCCGUAGGGUAAUUUAAAGAAUUGAGAAAAACAUAGGCUGCAAAAAUUAUGCUCUAGAUGGCUGCAUGACAAAUUUGCAAAGUACUGCCCUUGUUUGAGCUUAAUAUGACAAUGUGCUUCUUCCACGUGGUUUGCCUUUGGUUGGAAAGCCCCGUAAACUGGUGUUUUAUCGGGAAUAACAGAUACUACCCGUCUAUAUUCUUAGUUCUUUCGGUAAAGUCACGUUGAAGGGAAACAACAAAAUAAUAAAAUAUAUAUAAAACAAAAAAUUUCUCACGACGUUUCGACCAUAACACAA